AUGGAGGCCCCUGAGCGCUUCUUCGACCCCCUGGGCGAGGAGGACGAGUCCCUGGAGUCCCUCGAGUCGCUUGACGAGGAGGACCGGCAGGAGUUGAGGAACGGUCUCGUUGGCCGCUUGGCCGAGAGGCUACCCAUCCUGAACAAUGUGAUGCAGGUCCUACACACAAGAGCGGGAGACGAGGAAUCCCUCCUGCGCGCCCGGGCCUCGAACCCGCUGCGGGCCUCUGGGCGCCUGGCGCGCGGGGCGGAGCAUGUCCCGCUCCUGAACAACGUGAUGCAGACGCUGCACCGGGCCACGGGACGCUCCGAGGACUUCCGCCGGGCCCGGCGGAAGAACCCCUUGGGCGCCAACGGCUACAUCACCAAGUUUGGGGAGCACAUCCCCGGCUUGGCAGACACCAUCUGCUGCAUCCACAAGUUCCGCGGCUUGGAUGCCGAGGCGGAGCGCGCCCGGGCCUUCUCGCUGCACCGGAUGGUGGGUCGGAAGGGGGCCAUCACUCAGUUGGCCCAGCUGUUGCCGGGCACCAACCUCAUUGCCGCACUCCUUGCGGAGGCGAAAGGCGACCACCGGGAGGCCGUGACAGCCUUGAACUUGUUGAAGAGGUGGAAGAAUGUGGCCUCAGCAGACGGGGCUUUGGCCAGGGUUGCCGAGCUCCUCCCUGGAGUCGACAUCAUCUCCUUCGGGUUGAUGGUGAAUCAUGGGCACUUUGCGCACGCAGUCCGAGCCAUCUGCAAGACACGCUGGGUGGAGCUCACGGCGACUUCCUCGACCUUGGCGCUCUCCACAGGAGCCAUGGAGGACUGGGUCAUUCUCGUGGUUGACUCGGACAUGCUGAUCCAGCCACGGGCAGCCUCCUUGGCGGGAGGGCUGCUGGACGUGUGCAUCCACCUUUUGGACUUCGAUGCUUUUGGCAACCAGCGAUGGGUGACCAGGGGUCUGGAAGAGGAGCUGCCCUCGGCAUGCACCCGGAAGAAGCGCCGAGGCCUCCGGCGAGCCUUUGAAGACGUGAAGCUCACGAAGGCCAACGAGGCCCUGCACGGAGUUCUGGAUUACCUCUUUCUUUCCUCACCCUUCGCGGUAGGCUACAUGACCGACCUCACAAACUGGGCAGUGUACGAGUGGCAGCCUUCAUCCACAGGAAGUGCGCAGGCCCUCCGUGCUUUCAACAUUCUCUGUCCCCCGAUGGUCUCCCAGAGUCUCAGUCUUCCCAGCACACCGAGCUCUCCGAGAGCUCGGAGUGCUCCGAGUGCUCAGUUUGCCAAGGCGUUCCAGGAUUCCCUGCCCGGAGUCCGGGCGACUCACGGACAGAUGCCUCUGAACCCCUCAAAUUUUCAGUUGCCCUUGCGGACGGAGCUUGGGCCGACUUGGAAGGGCAGGCUCUGUGAAGCCGCGACCGGGAUGCUUGCGGGCACAUCCUGCUUUUCGAUCUCCUGCCUUGCGGCUGGCGUGCACAGCAUGCUGCCGCUCGCCUGCUUUACGGGCUGCUUUGCUGGGGUGGGCGUCGUGGCGGGCUAUGUGCGCAAGAGAGUCAGGAGCAAUGUGACAGCCUGGUUCAACAAGGUGAACUCCGACGCCUGGCAGCGCAUGUCCAUGCCGGUGGUGCCUCUGAGGACACAGGUGCAGGAGUGCCAAGGGGACGAGGAGCCGCCGCCAAGCAGUGUGCAGUCUUUGGCCGAGGAGGGUGAGCCAGAGAGGCAUGAGGUCUUCGAGCCCCAGGGGAUCAUCUUUGAGUGGCCGAGCACGCUCCUGGAAGAAGUUCGCGCGGCGGAGAUCCUCCGGGAGUACAUUCUCUCGGAGUGGAUGACGCUCAGGCGGCCCCUGAACUGGUUGCACCCCUUGCCCUGGAUCCUCCACCUCUUGGAGCUGCCACUGCGAGAACUCUUCAACGACUGCUUUGAGGAUCAGGUGGUGCCCCUAGUCAUUCCGAUCGAGCUUCCAGCAGGAAUGUACAGCAGCGGCACUUGGUUGCCCGAGAUCAGGGUGAUGCUGGUCCUCUGGAUGCAGUUUACCGACCAUCGGUAUAUCAAAGGGAUUGAGGCUGUCAUCGUCGAUGGCAUGUUGGAUCAGAUUGCCAACGUGGUGAGGGUGCAGGUCCUCCCGGAAGACCUGAGGGAGAUGGACCCGCGUCUGCGCGGCUUCACCGAGCCCCUCAAUUUGCGCUUCAAUAUGCGAAGAGAUGGCAUCAGGCUCGGGGAGUGUAGAGAUGAGCAGCACCAGAACAGAGAGGUUGCGAUUCGGUGGGCCAGCGAGGAGAGGCUGUACAUCGAGUGCAAGGACUUGAAGGUCAGACUCGGCCUGCCAAAGUAG